AUGCCAAACCCUCACUACAUCAAAGUUCCUCGUGGAGAAGAUCUUUCACCUGACACUCAACAGGAGCCUGCUUCCAUCUCAGAGCCGAUGAAGAACUGGCUACGACAGGUACCCAAAGAUAUGCCUUGGCACAGCCUUGAUUCAUUCGCUGUAUCUGACACGCAAGACAACUCCGAGGCCAAUGUCGCUCCGUCUAAUGCUCCUGCCACUCAAGGGACUACUCUCAUUCUCGACCUUAUACCCGAAUUUGAUUCAGAAGUAUGGUUUGCGGCACUCGACAUAGGAUCAAGCCUGGCCCCAAUCCCCAUGGCGAUAACAUACGUGAGGGCGGGAAUGCGUCGCAUGGUUAGACGUUCUGUGCUAUUCUUAGAAACGUAUAGGGUCAACUGGGGCUCAAGCCAACUUAGCAAGAAGUACGGAACCCUUUAUGCAUCAAGGUGA